UGGAUGUGUUGUAAAGGUGUGGUUAUUUACCCAGGGAAGAGGAUUAGACUCCGUACCAAAAGUUGUCUCUAGGCGAGGAAGUCUUAAUAACUUGCUUUUGUUCAUUCAGUGUACCUAUUUUUGAUGGUGGUGGUGGGGAGCAAAUCUUAAAAUAAUAGCUCGCUUUUAUUCGGGGCUUUCCUUUGCGAAUUACUGUAGGAAACGCUUUAGAAGAGUUUUUCCAUUUUACUCUUAUACUAGAAGGUUUCACUCUGAAACUAGUAUCUGAAACUAAAUGCCUUCCUACAUUAGAAUAUUAACUCCCCAAACUGGUCCUCAACGCUGUCUCGCAUAGUGCCUGCCAGCUCAGAAUCUUCAGUCAAGUGUGGAAUUAAUGAAUGAGGCGUGCCUUUUUUAAAGGUAAAGAAUUUGAGGCAGAGAGAUUGUGUAACUUGUCCAAAAUCCCCACUGCGCUGGUGAUGAAUUGUAUUCUAACCUGAAGGCUGGCUCCAAAGCCUGAGUUUAAGCAGGAUUCCAGUACAACUUAAACUUUCAUUACCAUCCACUGCAGACCUACAUACACACCUUGCUUUGUUAAAGUUCAUUGAGUAGUUUCUGGCCAGGUAUCUGAAACAAAACAAAAUUCAUUCUGUAAUUUGGUGGAAUGUUAAAUUGACUUUCCCUCAGGAUAAGGACUACUUUUCAGUUUGCAGUUUACCAUUUAUAAGCUUCAUUUUUUUUUUUAAUUUUUUUAAAUGUUUAUUUAUUUUUGAGACAGAGAGAGACAGAGCAUGAAUGGGGGAGGGUCACAGAGAGGGAGACACAGAGUCAGAAGCAGGCUCCAGGCUCCAAGCUGUCAGCACAGAGCCUGACGUGGGGCUUGAACUCAAGGACCAUGAUGAUCAUGACCUGAGCCGAAGUCAGAUGCUCAACUGACUGAGCCACCCAGGCGCCCCUAUAAGCUUCAUUUUGAGAACAUCGAUAUUGAUUGUCUAGGAUGUGUACUAGGGAAGGUAUCCUGAGGGUUCUCAGUCAACGUUAUGCAAUGAAGAUGAUUUGAAUCCUUGAAUAGCCAAUCUUCUAGAUCAACUCCCCAGUUACUAACCAGAAGAGCAUAAUGUGUCAUACCUAAAUGGUAUCUGUGGCACUUUAUCCCAAGAGGUUGUUCCAAUAUAGUGUGUUAGUCACGUUAAUACCUCUUGGACAAUCCAAGGAAGAAUCAGGAAAUAGGAUCUGUCACAUCAGUUUUGACAUGUCAACAGUAUGUAAACCAAACCUAUUCCACCCCAAACCUGCUUCUGCUUUGUUGACUGGUAUUAACAGCCUCCCAGUCACCUGAACAUGAAAGGCCAGAAUCAUCUUCACUCUUCCUGUUUUCCCUCAUAAACCAUUGUCCAUUCUAAUACCAAAAAUUCUCUAAUCCCCAAAUCUGUGAUCUAAUCCCAACACCCAGGCUGUGGUAGUAUUAAUAUAAACAGGAAUUAAUGCACACACCUGUCUUCAAUCAUUCUGUACGCUUCAGCCAGUCAUUCUCCUCAGAAAUGCUCAAGGAUAUCUCACUUGCAAAAUAGAGUCCAAACUUCUGUAGUCCUGUCCCACAUUUCUUUCAUUCUGUUUCUAUGGUCUCCUUCUCCCCAAACACUUGCUUUGUAUCCUAAUCACACUGGUCUAUUCUGUUCCCAGAAUGUUGUUGGUAAGUUAUCAUCUUGGCAUUUUUGAUCAUUUUGUUCUCUCCCUCCCAGAACACUGUUACCACCCAUCACUGCAGGUUUCACUUUGGCCAGGACACCAACUCCUCUGGAUGGCAUCUGAAGAUACAGUGGACCCUUGAACAAUGCAGGGGUUAGGGGCACUGACCCCACACAAUUGAAAGUCUGCAUGUAAUGUUUGGCUCCCCCAAAACUUGAGUACUAAUAACCCAGUAUUGACCAGAAGCCUUACCAAUAACAUGUUGUAUGUUAAAUGUGUUACAUACUGCACUCUUACAAUAAUACCUAACCUUCACUUAAUUUUUUUGGUAUUUCUAGGCUAUGCCAUUGCAAAUUUUUUCAAAAUUUUGCAGAUCUCCAAAAAAAUUUCUGAUCGAUUUAUUUUAAAAAAUCUGCGUGGGGCGCCUGGGUGGCGCAGUCGGUUAAGCGUCCGACUUCAGCCAGGUCACGAUCUCGCGGUCUGUGAGUUCGAGCCCCGCGUCGGGCUCUGGGCUGAUGGCUCAGAGCCUGGAGCCUGUUUCCAAUUCUGUGUCUACCUCUCUCUCUGCCCCUCGCCCGUUCAUGCUCUGUCUCUGUCCCAAAAAUAAAUAAACGUUGAAAAAAAAAUUUUUUUUUAAAAAUCUGCGUAUAAGUGAAUUCACACAGUUCAAAUCUGUGUUGUUCAAGGGUUAACUGUACUUUUACUGGAUUUAGUUAUUUUUUUCCUGUAGUUUCACGCUACUUCACUUUACUCUCUGUAGUGGUUCUAAUACCAACUUAUUUUACAGUGCCUACACUUUUCUCCUCAGGUUUUUGUCCCCAUUAGGGAAGCUAAAAUGUCAUUAGGAUUUUAAAGUUCUAAAGGACCGAGACCGUUAUUUAUUCAUCAUUUCAAUUCCUCACAAAGCAUCUUUGAGAUAACAAGGGCCUCAAAAAUAUUUGUGAACCUAAUUAUAGUUAGAGUGGUGAGCAUUUGAUUGGAGAAGACCUCACAAAUAACACAGGGAUGCGGAAAUUUAUAAAUUGGUAGGAACUCCCCAUUUCAUUGUUCUAGGAUAUUGCUUCCUCAUUUAUUUUCUUCUACCAAUUUGGUCUUUUAAUUCACCUCCUUCAUGAAUACAUUCCACAAUGUUUUGUAGUUUAGUCAUAAUGUUUGUCUUAAAGAGUACUGUGCCAGUGGCUAAGCACUUUUAAGAUCUGCUGCCAGAGACUGAAAUGCCACAGUAAAGCUUUUCUCUUGCUGCUGCCACUCACAAUAUGCCUGUGUUUUUUUCCUAGCCCCAGUUAACUGAGAAGGACUGAUAAGUGCAUAUAUUUUAGUGUCAAAUGUGGAGUCCUGCUAAUUGACAGAUUUUGUUAAGGAAGCUACAAAGUGGACAGACCCUAAAUAAAGCUAUAGACUUGAACACAGCCCUUAGUGCUUCCUUUGCUCUCAAAUCUAUAAACAUCCACUCACAAAUUCCCAGCACUUUACGUCUCUCUGUCACCCCUGGCACUCUUACCCUAUAUAUUCUACCUUCUCUUCCAGGACGUCUUUCCUCCAUUGUGUAGUUGAAGAAUGAAUCAUAGAUAGUAAUGACUGGUAACAUUUUGUUUUAACUGGGACUACCUGGAGGCAAACCUAAAGGUAAUUCUAACAUAAGGAAACGUGGGCAUGAUGGCAAGGCAAUGAGAAAAAAAUUAUGGGAACUUGAGCUAGUCAUGUUUAAAAAGUUUGUGUCUUUGCCCGGCUAAAUGCAAGCCUCGGUUCAAUUGUCAUGUACCUAAAGAACUUCUAAGCCCACCAAUUCUAAAGUAGCAUCUCUUUAUAUCAAAGUAUUGUUUUCUUUGUAACAUUUAUCACUAUGUGAAAUGAUCUUAAUUAUUGGUUUACUUGAUGGUUAUUUAUCCCCACUAGAAUAUAAAUUCCAAGAGAGAGGGAUUGGCUUAUAUUUCACUAUAUUCCCAUCAUAGACACAAAGUAGGUACUCAAUAGUUAUUUGUAAAAAUGAAAGAAUUGAAUGAACGCUUAUACGUACAGACAUCCCUUCAUUUACACACUUUCAAGUCAUUUAAAGUGCUUGGGGGAGAAGAAUAUUUAUAAUAACUAUAUGAAAAUUACAGUACACAAUUUGUUCAAAUGUGAAAUGUCUCUUAAGCAUUUAUUUUUUUUAGUUUUUCAUUUACAAGUUUUUCAUAGUUUCUAAAAGACUGGAAUCCUAUAAAUUCCAUUCAGAUUCUAAGCUAGGUGCUCUGUAUCCCCUGUAUGUGUAAAACAUGACAAAUAUUUACUAAAUACACUUUCAUUAAAACCUGACAAAGUUGUAGCCCCGAUUUAAAGAAAAUCUCAUGCUUACAUAUCCAGAGUUUGAGUUGCACAAUAUUUUAAGAAGUUGAUAUGCAUUAUUGUAUAACACCCCUCAAACUUUAACAUAUUUAAAUACUAUUUAAAGCCUAUUUAUUAAAAUGUAAAUGUUCUGAAAGACUUUAAGUAGUUUCUGUAACACAGGUACCAAAUAACUUCACAGAAUUUAAAGUAGUUCUUUAGGCUGAAAGAACUACGUGCACUGUGCUUGUACAUGCACAAGGAAGGACCUAAAUUAAUGGUCACAACCAGAGAAGUGGUUACUUUUAUCCUGAUUGCCAUAAAAUUAGUAGGCCAAUGGCCAGGAGGAGGAAGCCCACGGUUGAACCCAUCCUGAGGGGACUGCUUUGCUAGAGAAACCGAAGAGAAGUUAGUGAACAUUUUCUCCAGUGCCCAAAACCACAUCCUCCUUGUUUUAUUGCCCUCCAGAUUUGGUCAAGAAGGAGGAAGAGAGGAGAGAGGGAGGGAAGGAGAAAAAGAAGAAGGGGGAGAGAGAGAGGGAGAGAAACUGACUGGAGAAAGUCGGGGAGAAAUGGGCGGGAUCCUGCCCCGAGAAACAGCUACGCGUUAAGCCACGCCCCUGUUUCCUAGGUAACCGGGUAAACAGACCUUAGUCUCCUUUCUGCUAGGUGUUAUUUCGUAGGCAGGAAGCUGUGGGCAGGGAAUCCGAGUUGAGAUGUGUUCUUUCGUGAGAGUGGGGUCCCCCAAAGGUUUGGGGCACCCCAAGGGAUUAGGAACUUUCCUUGAGCCAGGUAUAGACUUCCCCUUUGAGAUGAGUGCUGUUGGAGGAAUGGGGGUGUCUGAGAGGAAAUCUCCCCAGAGCAUAGAGGAUGGGCCCACUCACGAAGGGAAGGAUGAUUUAGGAGAGAGGGGGGUCGUCAUGGGAACAAAAUCUCCCACAGAGUUAGGGUUGAGAGUGGGAUUAAGAAAAAAAGAUUCCUCAUGUAGGGAGAACCUCUUGGUUAGUAAUAAAUUUGAGAGGAAUGCAUCACCAGAAACAAAAUCUCUGUUGAGCAAGGAGCUUGAAAUGAAAUUAAAAAGACAGAAUACGUCUAGGACCCUCACGGAGAGGAGUAAUUUAGGAGUCUAUGGGGUCUCAGCCUCACGGGAAACAAAACCUCUGGGUACGGUGCCAGGAGGAGGGGGUUUAGAAAAUGAGUGUCUUCUGGCAGGGUGUUCUGGAAGGAUAAUACAGCCUCCCUUAGGCAUGGUAGGCAAAAGUCCACAGGCUCUAGGGAGCAGGAGAGGCUCUGCAGCUGGUUCCCCUAAAGCGUUAGGGGCUUCAGUAGGGAAACAGCCUGCUUUGGAUAUGGAUCCUAGACAGGAACUGGGAAGAGGUACCUGUGUGGUAAUGGAGCCCAGUGCAGAGGUGAAGCCUCCUGCAGUGGUAGACACUGGUCUAGAAGAGCCAGAUGAAACAGGCCCCCAAAUGGGCUUGGUGAUAGAAUCUUCUGAGUGCCAGUUUGCCCAACAACCAGAAGAGAUAAAAGAGACUGAAGACAAUGAACCUGGAGUAGAACCUCCAGAUUGCAUCAGACCUAUAUACUCUGGGAAAUUUUUUGAUCGGAUGCCUUGCUGGCCAAGUGCAGGGAAAGUUAUUCCUAUUGGAGACAGAGUUGCAACCUGUUUGACUGAAAAACUUCCCAGGCUAAUUACUCCACCUGAGGCAAAAAAAUUUUUUAACUAUAGAUAUCCAUCUGCUGGAGCUGAAAGAGUAUUUUAUGGCAGAGCAAAUGAUCCCCAAAUCGCACCUUAUUUGACACAUGGAAUAAGAUCUAAAACUUCAAUACCGGCAAAGGUAUUGAUAAAUCCACAGCCCAUUACAACAUUUCAACAGAAAAUUAAAGAUAAAAAGGAAUCAGUAUAUUUAAACAAUCAAAGGGCACCAUUAGGAAAAUCUCAUGAUCAAACGCCAGGAUUACCUAAAGGCCUGGAUGUACUCCAUACGACAUUUGGGACAGCAGUCGUCAGAGAAUUAUCUGCUAGAGAUGUAGUGAAUCCACCAAAACCCUAUGAAGAAGUAUGUAAAGAAGGAAAAGAAGGACAUGAUCUGUAUAUUGUUUCUCACAAUGAUUAUUAUGUGGGAGAAGCAAAGAACCGAAAGUAUAACCCAUCAAGUUUCCAUAGGUUUAACUUGUAUGGGGUCCCAACACCACAUUUUAAUGAUGGACGAGCCAUGGCAAAAACUUUAUAUUGGCUCCAUGAACUACAAAUGAAAAGAGGAGCUAAGGUUGUAUCUAAGAGAGUUGAUGAUUUCAAAGAAAAGUUUCAACAUCAACUUGGAAGAGUUUUAGAUCCCAUUGCAGAAACAAUGAAUGUUCCCCCAGACCACACGUUUGGAUCUUGUCUCCGUGCCGAGGAGUAUGGAGCUGGUGAUCUCAUCCAUAACAGACUUCCGGGUGAGUAUCUUCGAGGCAAGGAUAGACAGAGAGCCCUGAUUGCAGCAGUGCGACACCACUUGAAGAAAGUUAACUACCAGAACUUUGACACUUUGCUGGCAGCCUUCAGGCACUAUGACAAGAAUGGAGACGGGGCGAUAGAUAAAGCUGAGCUUCGGGAGGCUUGUGAUCAGGUCAGCUUGCACUUAGAUGAGACGCUCCUGGCCCAGCUAUUUGACUACUGUGAUGUGGAUAAAGAUGGACUGAUUAACUACCUAGAGUUUGCAAAUUUUCUUAACUGGAAAGAUAAAAUGCCUCUGAAAGAGUAUGAAGAGAGGGUCAUUAUUAAAGGUAGAAAACCAGAUUGUGCAAACCCUGUGGAGGCUAAUAUUGAAGAAUCUGAACCAACUCUCCUGAUAAAGCCAGAAGAUACUGUCUUAAAAGAACCAGGGAGCUCAGAAAAGACUCUCCGGACACUUCUGAGGCCAAGUGAUAAAGUUUCUAAUCACUAUAAGACAACUUCUUCUGAGAUCAAUGCGGUUGUAGGAGCUGUUCCUUCUCUUUGUUAUCCCAUCUAUGGUGUUCCAACCAUUCGGUCUGAUAUCCCUGCCCCCCGAAUUCGUCGCAUCAGUGAUAGAACUAAUUAUGGUGAAGAGGGCAAUGCCUAUUCAUUACUACAUCCUACCAUCUUUGGCCAGAAAGGAGUGUUUGAAAGAGACUUCUUCAAGACAAGAUCUAAAAAAGAGAUUGCAGAGAUAUUAUGUAACAUUGGUGUCAGGCUUUCUGAUGAAGAAUUUGAAAAUGUAUGGAAUCUUGCAUCAAAAAAACAUCACAGAGGAGAAGUUUCUGUAGAGACCAUCAGAAAUGUUCUGGAUGAGCUACAACAUGCAGACCGGAUCAAGUGUAAAACAACCAUGUGAUAUUUUUGGAGUUCAUUCAUUUAAAAAAAGAAAUGUUAAAUCUGUGUUCAUUAAAAUGUUGAGUCCAUUCUGGUUUUAGAUAUGUUAGAUGUCAGUAGUCACUGAAGUAGGACUCGUAUGCCUAUGUGUAUUGCUAAUAAAUUUGAUUUAUUAUAUUGUUUAAGAUUUAUUGUAUUGUUUUCUGUAAAACACCAAACAACUUGAUGAGCACUUAGAGUUAAUCUUUCAUCUCACCAAAGGCCUAGUUCAGAAUGAUGUAGAUGUUUGUAAUGAAAGCAUUGUAGACAGAUGCUUAAGAAGUCUAUGCAUUUUAGUUGGUUGAAUGAAAUUCAAAGUCUAGUUUGUGAUACUAGGUUGACAAAAUUUUGCCUUCAAUCUUUUGUUAUUUUUCUCUUGAGGUGCCACUAUGACAGAAUGUAAGCUUAGCAAGCUUUCAAUCCGUGUUAGCAUCUGAGGAAAACAAACACAAGGAGCAGAAU